AUGGGUCGCAACGGUGUCAAGGUGAUCAUCCGCACGCGGCCGACAGCGAGUUUUGCCACGCACCAGCUGCAGAUCGAUCCGGAUGACAGUACGAUCACCGUGUACAGCGGGGCGGCAGCUAUCGCCGCAGCCUCAGGCGGCUUCUCGCCUCCUAAAACAGACGCAGGACCGUCGAACCGCAAGGAUUGCUGGCAAUUCAAGUUCCACCAGGUGCUGCACAAUGCCGGUCAAGACCGCGUCUACGAGGCCAUCGCACGCGACAUCGUACACGGCGCAGUAGUGGACGGCAUCAACGGUACCAUUUUGGCCUACGGACAGACAGGAGCGGGCAAGAGUUUUACUAUGAUUGGCGAUACACGCAAUUAUCAGCAUCGAGGCAUUGCCCCCCGAGCGAUCGCGCAGCUAUUCGAGGAGGUGGAGAGCCGUAUCGAGCUGCAAUAUACUGUGCGUGUAUCCUACAUGGAGAUCUACAACGAUCGCAUCUUUGAUCUUCUAGAGGGGCAACACGGUGAUCGCAAUGGGGGUGGCAAUGGGGAACUUGUAGUGGUCGAGGAUUCACGAGGAACGUAUGUACGAGGCCUCUUACAAGUGGAAGUACGCAGUGAACAAGAGGCUCUGGACCAGUUGUUCAACGGUGAACUGCAACGCACCGUGGCUGAGCAUCAACUGAACAAGCGCUCGAAUCGUUCUCACUGCAUUCUGACCUUCCACAUUUCUCAAAAAUCCCGUGCUGGGGGUACUGAACGCGUAACAUUAAGCAAACUACAUCUCGUGGAUCUUGCAGGAAGUGAGAGACUGAAGAAAACAUUCGAUGGAGAGCUAACGGGAAGUCCUACAAAAGCUUCUGCCAGAGCAAGCGCAGCAAUGUCGACUAUCAAGAAGGAAUCCAUGUAUAUUAACCAGAGUUUGAGCUUCCUAGAGCAAUGCAUCGUGGCUUUGGGCUCCAAGGAACCACGACAUAUCCCGUACCGCCAGACCAAACUCACGAACGUCCUCAAAGACUCACUUGGAGGAAACUCCAAUACGCUCAUGUUUGCGUGUAUCUGGGGUGAAGGACGUCAUCUCGAGGAGACCAUCUCGACACUAAAACUAGCACAGCGAAUGAUGCGAGUACAGAACGAAGUGGCCACCAUAGUGGAGACAGAUCCAGCGCUGUUACUACGUAAAUACGAGCGACAGAUCCGUGAGCUUAAGCACGAAUUGGUCAUGCACGACGCACUGGUGGAGCGCACAGCUGUGGUCUACGAUGAGCACACACCUGAGCAGAAGCACCAGCUACAACAAAUGAUACGACGUUAUAUCGACGCACCGACCCAAGAGAUGGAAGACGAAGCACUGCGCCUUACAAGCGUACACGAAAUCCGUGAACUAUUCCGUCAGUUCAAGCUGCUCUUUAAGAGUUAUGAGCGGGACUCUAUUGACGUGGGAUCUGGUGUCAACGGAUCAGGUUCUAGACACCCCAGCACCUCAACUAGAGCAGGUUCUGCUGGGUCUUCAGCAUCGAGAGUACAAACAUCACUUGGUUCUCGAAGGGAUCUUCAAAUUCGCGCAACGCAUGGCCCUAAUGGCGAAGAACUGGUGGGCGAAGAGGAUCCUGGUGCUGUCGGGUUCCCUCUCGGUCUUGUACCAGGUGCCGCUAGACCUUCUACAAUGGACACUGGCAAGAAAAACUAUCGUGGAGUGGUAAGUGGCCUAGAUAACACUCCGAAAGUUAAUGGACAGCGAAGUCCAUCAGCCUCGCGGUCGCCUAGUGGGGCUGAACUGCCUGGUAUCUCUGACAACAACGAAGAUGAUCGUGGAGAUGAUGAAGCGCUCUACAAAGGAGGAAAUGAUGCUACACCGUCGCAGGAUGCUGACACUCGUGCGAAGAAUGACGCGUUCCAGUUCUACCGAUCUGUUGGGCCCGGGAGAAAACUCCAUCAGAAUCUACAGACCGAAAAGGACAAGUUAUUCGACGCCAAACAGCGUGUUAAGCAGGUUACACGUCGUGUGAAUGCUGCGAAAGCUCAGAUUGAUUCUGUCCGUGCACAGCUCGAAAGCAAACGCAACCAGCGAGGAAGUACUGAUGCUAGUAAUCGUAAGAGUACAGCCAAGCAGGUACAAGACCGUGACGAGGUAGUCGACGAAGAAGAGUUUAUCUUAAUGACCGCUGAGCGAGAGGCUAAACGAGACUACCGAUCGCUUUUCGGAGACCUUAAAGAUGCAAAAGCUGAGCUGGAAUUCUCACUCCGCAGUGUCGAACUUCUUCGACGACGUCUUGUGCGUGAGUUUGAGGAUUGGUACGAUGAAGAGGGCCAUGCUCACGCUCUUAAUAAGAGCUCAGGUGCUUAUGACGCGUUCGCUAGACCUGCUUUUAGCAAGGAUGAUAUCCUGGAUGACGGUGAGAAGUUCGACCAAAUGGAAAUAGAUCGCAUCAGAGCGCAAGAUCCCGACUCGUUAGCAUUCUUCCAAGCCCAAAAGAAGAUGAGACAGCAAAGUGCCACAGCGCAGCGAAAAGCUAAGCGUUGA